AAAAAUAACCUUAAAAAAUUUGUUUAUAAAAGUGGAAAAUACGUCUUUGUUCAUUUCUCUCUCGCUUUUCCUCUCAAAUUUCUCUCUCUUUUUUUUCUCUUUAUUUUUUGUUCUCAAUUAUAUUAAGUCUCUCAGUUCUCUCGAUCUCCCGUUGUUUUUCCCAAAUUUUGCUUCGAUUCGGUUGCUUUACUCAUUCUGGGCUGUGAUUUUUUGGUUCAUGAUUAUAAGCUGCAACAAAUUACAACAACAAUUUAUUGAAGCAGCAUGGGCCAAAGGAAUAUGCGAAGCCCUAUUGAUUUAGAAAUCGAUCAACAAGCCCAGGAAUACCUCCAGCAUGAACCUUGCAUCUAUUUGGGUGGGACGACGAACUACCCAUCACCUGAUAUCCCAAUGACCAUCACAGCUCCAGGGAACACAACUAACCUUGAUGCGCAUCCCUUACCUGAGCAUUAUGACAACAGUAUGUUUUAUGGGAUCCCUAUGUACCCUGGUGUUCAGCAUCAUCAUCAUUCCCCAAAUCUUGAUCUUGGUAUCGGGAGUGCCUCGAACUUUUAUGUUCCCUAUGUGCCUACCCCUUCAUCCAGUGUUCCUAUAAAUCAUGGAAUCCCAGACCAGAUGCCAUCAUCCAGCAACUAUCGUAUCCAUGGAGUUUCUGCAGAUGAAUAUGCAAGGAAUUGCCACUUCAUGGAUAACGUUAGAGGCUUGUAUAAGAGAAAGACUUCUGAAGGGAUCCCAGGAAAUUUUCAGCAGUUUAAUGCCUCAUCAAGCUCUAGCUCCUCUGUUACACCAUUAAAUACUAGGAACCCUGAUGGGGUUGGCACGGUGGAUACUGCAUCCUUUACUAGGUCUCAAUAUAGGGGAAAUGGCCUUCCACCAAUUAGAGAAGCAGGACCUCAAAGAAGUGCGAGGAACAGAUUAGGGGCAAAUGCAGUGGAUCCUGUUUUGAUGCAAAGUGGCAACCCUUAUUUUCAAGGAAAUUACUUGGGUCAACCUUUUCAGCCAACAAUAACAGAUGGAGGUGCCUCAGCUUGGACUCAGGCUCCUGGUGUUCCUUAUAUGCAUGGUAGCAAUAUUGGUGGACCUAUGGAGACUAGGCACAGAAGUUCCUCAAAUUUCUCACAUUCUCCCCUUGACUUUCUGAACCCAAACUUUCAUCAUCAUGUGCCUCCUAUCGAAGGAGCAAGAGGCCAUGGCAUUAAUGUCCAUCCGCAAGUAGCACCAGUUCCUUAUUGCUUUCCAGCAAGUUAUGCUUCACGGAGCACCAUGAAUCCCUCACAGGAUGGUUUGGAUGUGGGGCGUAGGCAUUUUGGACCAGUUCCACCUACUGGUUUUAGGAUAUAUCAUUCUCGCCGGGAAAGUGGUGCUUUACCUGAGACAUCUCUGAGACCCCGCAAUCUUCCUCACCUGAGAGUUCUCCCACCUGAUGGAGUUGCCGUACUUGAGUUCCCAGAAUUUUAUGAAGAAGUUGGCAAUCUUAUUGAUCAUCACAGAGAUAUGCGCUUGGAUAUAGAGGAUAUGUCUUACGAGGAGUUGCUUGCUCUGGGAGAGCGGAUUGGCAAUGUGAACACCGGUUUAUCAGAAGAAAUGAUUAGACGUAAAUUGAAAACAAGAUCAUAUUCGACAUUUGCUACAAAUAUUAAUCUGGAAGAGGCGGCACCCGUUGAACAGGAACCUGAUUUUUGUACAAUUUGCCAGGAGGAUUAUAAGAACCAAGAGAAAAUCGGAACCCUUGAUUGUGGACACGAGUACCAUGCAAGUUGCUUAAGAAAGUGGCUGCUCCUGAAGAACGUAUGCCCCAUAUGCAAAUCAGAGGCAUUAGCCACAUAAUCCAAGGAUGUAUAAAGCAUGGGGUUGACUUAAAUCCAACAAAAGUAAUAAACUACAUAAAACGGUUGAUGGUCUGUUUUAAAUAUAAAUCGAUAUUUGUCGAGUAUUUUGUACAUGAACUUGCAGAUAUCUAACAGACAAUCAUUUAUUUGUUGGCUCUGUAAUUAUCAACAAUUGUACAGACUCCCAUUAUGAAGUCUCAUGUUAUUAUAUUCAACUUUCAACUAUAUUGCCUUCACCAUUAUUUUUCUUUUUCAUGUCGAAUUUGUCGUAUAUAUUGAAUAUGUGCUUGAGUAUUUGCAGGUCCAGACUGCUGUGUUUCUUGAUCUGUGUGUUAGUUUGGAAAUUAAAUUUGCUCUUAGAAAGAAGCGGCAAUCUUAACAUGUUUAGAAUAACGGUGAUGUCAGUUUUCAUGGCAGAACAUUACAUGCAAGAACACCUCAAAACUAUUUACCAAACAUCAUCGGGUUUAAUCAUUUUGUUUUGCAACUUGGACUUCAUAUUUGACAAAUCUUGCAGAGCUUGAAUGAAAUUGUUGAUAUAUCCUUCUUGAAGAUCACUGUUAGAUAGCAUUUGCUUCAGCUUAGCAUGGUUUCUCUUCAUCAGAUUAGCUGUUUCAUUGUCCUUGUCCAUCACAAACUUGAUGGCUUCACUCAAUGACUCCUUUGGAACCUCCCUGUUUUUACCUCUCUCCACUUCCACCCCAAUCUUGAGCUCAUUCGCCAUCAACCUGGUGUUCAAAAUUUGAUCCCCAAUUUCAGGUAUCAACACCACUUGGCAGUCACUAAGCAAAAAUUCCCACAUCGUUCCAUACCCACAGUGGUUAACGAAACACCCGAUGUUAGGGUGGUGCAAUAGCUGCUCUUGUGGAACCCAACCUCCAUACACCAACCCUCUUCCUCCAACCCUAUCUUGAAAUCCCUCGGGCAGUGCUUCUUCAACAGUUGAGCAUCCUUGGGGUGGCUUUAAAGCUACCAAAAAUGGUAGCCCACAUAGCUCAAACCCAAGCACCAACUCCUGGAACUCGUCCUUCUGUAACACACUCUGGCUUCCUAAAGAGCAAAACACAACAGAACCUGGCUCGAACUGGCUUAACCAACUAACCCAUUUCUCAUCAAGCUGUUGGGUCUUUGUUUCAGGCAAGCAAGGCCCUGACAACAAAACAGGCUUCCCAUAUCCUCGAGCAACAUAGUCGCAAAAUGGUCCCUCGGUUUCACGGCAAGUCCUGAAGGCAAUGGCAUCACUUCCACUCACAGCAGUCCUUAUCCGUUCCCCAAACGACAGUCCACUCCCGAAAUCCUCAGCCUCAAACAACAAAGCAGCAGCCUCUUCAGCUUUGAAUUUCACAGUGGAAGAAGGGUAAUCGGGAGGCAAUUUCGUCACCUCUUCUACAGUCAUUUCUUUGGUUAGCGUCCUGAUGUUUGAUCCUAACGACAUGAUCAUCGAGGAAACCACUACAUAGCAUAUGGGGUGGAUCCCAAGUUGGCGAGCCAAGUCUGGGAUCCAAAACCAGAAAUCAUAAAAAACCAUAUCAGGUUUUAAAGCCUCUAGGAUGCCUUCAACUUGGUCCCUGGUUUGAUCUACAGCAAAAGCAAGGUACUUUUGUUGGUUCAGAGUAACAACAGAUGUAGUCUCAGCUCCUGGAGGGAGGCCAUCGACAUGGGGUAUAACUAGAGGGACGAAUUGAAUCAAGUUGGGGUAUUGGUUCCUGUUUUCCAGCUUUGGUUGCACUCCUUUAGGCAAAAUGAAGGAAAUUUUAUGGCCUUUAUGAGCCAACUUAUUUGAGAGAUGAAGGAAGGGGAUGAAAUGACCAUAUGCAACCCAGGGAAACAUGGCGAUGUGAAGCUUUGAGUAGCCUGAUUUUCCCAUCUUUUUUUCUUUUGCUUGCACAAUGUGAUCCGAGAGACUAAAGAUUACAGAGAUUCUUAGACUACAUAUGGAAUGUGGAUUAGUGCAUGCUCCCAACGUGGCAAGUCACAGAAAACAAUCCAAUGGCUUUUACAUGAUGGCGAACUGCGCUGCAUGCUGACCACGUGGUUAAAAGAAAAAGGGAAAAAGGAGAAAAUUUACUCUGUAAAAACAAACUUGGAGUUCUUUAUUUUGUUUCCACCAUGAUAGUUCAAGUCAAGCUUGAAGACGGGGAUGGCUAGAGUAAUUAUAUGAUCAUUUUCUCUUCUUUUCCAUUGAAUUUUAUAUCAUGUCGUGUUGAUUAUAUGCUUUACUUUGGAAUAAUGAGAUAUUUGGUCUUUUAAUAUGUUACUUAAAUUUUUAAAUAA